GGCGGCGGCGGCGGCGGCAGGGGCUGAGGGCACAGCCAGCGGGCGGCGCGCCGCGGACUCCAAGACAGCCCGCGGAAAGAAUCCUGCCUAUUACCAUGAAGUGACCGUCACCCAUCCUUUUCACCUAGUAGAACUGAUCUCAGGAUCUACAGAGGAGAGGUGAAAUAGAGUAUUGCAGAGAUGAUGUGAUAUCCCCAGGGAGCCAUACCUGUUUCCUUCAAAGGCAGGAGUGCCUGUGCACCUUGGGCCAGUGGCGGAUCUCAUUGUUGCUAAUGAAGCCAUACGAGGACCUCUGCUGAGACCAGAAUUAGCAGCUCUGGACCUUUAAAGUGAUAGCAUUUCCCAGCCUUAAACUGAGCAGCUGAGCAAAAAACGCAUCCUUCCUGUAAUCAACACAGCAAAAUGAGAGGCGGAGAAACCAUGCUGAGAAGAAGCAAGGUCAUAUGUUGAACUGUUUUCCCUUUGGCCCAGAAGACAGCUCAGACUCAACACUGGCCCUGAGUUUACCUCCCUCACUUUGGCUCAAGACCUGAAGUGAUGUGCUUCCGCCCCAGAGCACCUUCCGUCGUGUGAGGCCCGAAACAUGACCACCAGUAGCCACGCAUGUCCUGUCCCCUCAGUGAAUGGACACAUGACUCACUACCCAGCCGCGCCCUACCCGUUACUCUUCCCACCAGUCAUCGGAGGACUUUCCCUGCCUCCCCUCCAUGGCCUGCAUGGCCACCCUCCUCCAAGUGGAUGCAGUACCCCAUCCCCUGCAACAAUUGAAACACAGAGCACCAGCUCUGAGGAACUGGUCCCGAGCCCUCCGUCUCCACUUCCUCCCCCCCGUGUGUACAAACCCUGCUUCGUCUGCCAGGACAAAUCAUCGGGGUACCACUAUGGAGUCAGCGCCUGUGAGGGCUGUAAGGGCUUUUUCCGCAGAAGUAUUCAGAAGAACAUGAUUUACACUUGUCACCGAGAUAAGAACUGUGUUAUUAACAAAGUCACCAGGAAUCGAUGCCAAUACUGUCGACUCCAGAAGUGCUUUGAAGUGGGAAUGUCCAAAGAAUCCGUCAGGAAUGACAGGAACAAGAAGAAGAAGGAGCCUUCGAAGCAGGAAUGUGCAGAAAGCUAUGAAAUGACGGCUGAGCUGGACGACCUCACAGAGAAGAUCCGCAAAGCCCACCAGGAAACCUUCCCCUCGCUCUGCCAGCUGGGUAAAUACACCACGAAUUCCAGUGCUGACCAUCGAGUCCGACUGGACCUGGGCCUCUGGGACAAGUUCAGUGAACUGGCCACCAAGUGCAUUAUUAAGAUUGUGGAGUUUGCUAAACGUCUGCCAGGCUUCACCGGCUUGACCAUUGCAGACCAGAUCACCCUGCUGAAGGCUGCCUGCCUGGACAUUCUGAUUCUUAGAAUUUGCACCAGGUAUACCCCAGAACAAGACACCAUGACAUUUUCAGAUGGCCUUACCCUAAAUCGAACUCAGAUGCACAAUGCUGGAUUUGGUCCUCUGACUGACCUUGUGUUCACCUUUGCCAACCAGCUCCUGCCUUUGGAAAUGGAUGACACAGAAACAGGCCUUCUCAGUGCCAUCUGCUUAAUCUGUGGAGACCGCCAGGACCUUGAGGAACCAACAAAAGUAGAUAAGCUACAAGAACCACUGCUGGAAGCACUAAAAAUUUAUAUCAGAAAGAGACGACCCAGCAAGCCUCACAUGUUUCCAAAGAUCUUAAUGAAAAUCACAGACCUCCGUAGCAUCAGUGCUAAAGGUGCAGAACGUGUAAUUACCUUGAAAAUGGAAAUUCCUGGAUCAAUGCCACCUCUCAUUCAGGAAAUGCUGGAGAAUUCUGAAGGACAUGAACCCUUGACCCCAAGUUCAAGUGGGAACCCCGUGGAGCACAGUCCCAGCACCUCACCCAGCUCAGUGGAAAACAGCGGUGUCAGUCAGUCACCACUGGUGCAAUAAGACACUUUCCAGCUACUUCAAACAUUCCCCAGUACCUUCAGUUCCAGGAUUUAAAAUGCAAGGAAAAAAAAACAUUUUUACUGCUGCUUAGUUUUUGGACUGAAAAUAUAUUAAAACUCAAGAAGGACCAAGAAGUUUUCAUAUGUAUCAAUAUAUACUCUUCACUGUCUAACUUACCUAGAAAUACAAACUUUUUCAAUUCUAAAAAUCAGCCAUUUCAUGCAACCAGAAACUAGUUAAAAGCUUCUAUUUUCCUCUUUGAACACUCAAGAUUGCAUGGCAAAGACCCAGUCAAAAUGAUUUACCCCGGUUAAGUUUCUGAAGACUUUGUACAUACAGAAGUAUGGCUCUGUUCUUUCUAUACUGUAUGUUUGGUGCUUUCCUAUUGCCUUGCAUACUCAGAAUAACCAAGACACCAAGGUUGUGAAACAGACUACUGUACGUGUCCAGCUAAGAAAGGCUCAAAAAAAUAACUGUCUUGCUUUCACAGAGCAAUCAGGACAUCAAGGUAAGGAAAGGGGACUGUUGUACAGUAUGACAAGAUAAAGCUAGAGAUAAUUCUAAUUUAGUUAGUAUGGAAGCUUGUCCUUGCUCUUUUUGACGCUCUCAAACUGCGUCUUCUAUUUCUUCUAUUUCAUGUUGCCCAGUAAAAAGAUACAAAUUCACUGCACUAGCAGAAGAGAAUUCUGUAUCAGUGUAACUGCCAGUUCAGUUAAUCAGAUGUCAUUUGUUCGAUUGUUAAUGUCACUUUAACAGUGGUUUAUUACUUAAUGACAUAACUACACAAUUU